AUGGCCAGGAGCCCGAGGGGUCCAAUCCUUCGGCGGCGGCCUCCGCAGGCUGCUCGCCAUGAAGACCGGAUCAGCGCCCUCCCGGACGAUCUCCUCCUCCUCCUCCUGCGCAAGAUCGACACCCACACGGCACUCGGCGCCGGGACGCUCUCUAGGCGCUGGGCCCACCUCCCCCGCCAGCUCCCCGACCUCGACUUCAGGGUCGGCGACAUACUCUCGCCGCGCUAUCACAAAUGGCUCUUCGUCGGCAACGGAUCUGAGUCAGAGUACGGAUGGCAGACCUCGGAGAAGGAGAUCGAGCCUAACAUCCGGCGGUUCGAGCGCCGGGCCAUGCGCUCCUUGGUCAGAUCCGUCCAGAGCUUCUUGGACGCUGGCCAUGACGGUCGGCGGGUCAACAGGCUGAGGCUCGAGUUCUUCACCACCCACAACACCGCCUGCAUCAACCGUCUCCUGGCCAAGGCCAUCGAUGCUUGGGGGGCCGUUUCUCUCGAGGUUCUUGCCAAGCCAAUUCACGGGGAACGGCAAGUCCACGCUUUUCCCAGCCAUGGCCUCUGUGAGGAACCCCGUGCGUCACGACUGCAAAGCCUUAAGCUUGGAGGUUGUGUGCCGCCGCCCCUGCACCAGUACAGCGCGCUCAGUACGCUCGUCCUGCAAGACAUGCCCUUAUCGACACCAGAGGCAGCCUACGAGGGCGUCUUCACCUCGUGCCCGCAGCUGCAGGUGCUGCAUCUCAUCUCAUGUCAGUGCGGAGACCAAAUUGUCGUCGACGCCCCCAAGUCACAGAUAAGGGAGCUGGUUCUGGACAAGUGCCACUUCAUACGGUUAUGCAUGAGGGCCCUUCCCUGUCUCGAGAGGCUAGCCUCCCUGGAAACAAGAGUGUUGUUUGAGUCAGCUUCAUUUCCCUGCCUCACACAAUAUAACCUCAAGUUGGGCUUCGGCGACAAUCUGGGAAAAUUCACCCAGUACUUCGUGAACAUCUUCAAGGCGCAGAUUGGCUUGUUUUUUCGACACACCAGGGAAAUUACUAACCUGCUUAUCAGGUUCACUGGUGCUGUCAGAUGGAUCGUGCCGUCCAGCUCCCCAGCCACAUUUUUACCUAACCUCAGGCGGCUGCUGGUCGCCGAUGUGCCUUCAUCCUGGGAUGUCUCAUGGCCCCGUCUCCUGCUUGAGACAGCGCCUAACCUCCACACCCUUCAUGUACACGUUGAUCCCUCCUUAGCGGAGCCUGGCGAUGAGAUACCCUGGCAACCCACCAUGCUUCGGCAUGAUCACUUGAAAGAGUUUGUGAUGAUUGGUUUUGAAGCAAUGGAGAGGCAGCUUUACCUUGUCAAGUUUGUUGUGGAAGUAUGCACAGCUCUGUGUCAUGUCGCCUUGUUCAAGGAUGGGCAUGUUCGGGACAAGGGGCACUGGGACUGGGAGCUGGUGACGGAGCAAUACUCGUGGACCCAAGAGGAGAAGGGCGCCAUGCUGAACCAGAUCAUGGAUGGGGUUUCUUCCUCUUCAAUAGCUCCUAGCCACCUGGUUUUUCGCUGAUCAAGUCAUCUCUUGUUUCUUCAUGUGUUUCAAGCAACCAAGCCUCCAGUCAUGUUUUCCAUAUCCCUGUUUUAUGCCAUGGUGUUGCAAAGGUGGGAUGAACAUUCAUGGAUAAAGAUUUCUAUAUAUUCUAACGAGAAGGCGAUGAAGAUUUGGACAUAUUCCCAGUAAUGUUACUACUGCUUCAAAAAUGUAUUCCUUGUUUUGGAAGGCUUUGCGUGCAUCUUUUCCAACCAAUUACUUGCCAGGCCGUGUGCUCGCAAUGCUUGUGAGGAAGAUGAUGGUCCAAUAAUUUGAUGUUGUGGUCUAAUGGAUUCAUGCGAUGCUCCACAUGAAGACCUACAUCAGGAAGGUCAGCAACCUCGAAGCCCUUGCGGACAGAACAAAUAACUGCCGCAUUGUACUACAGGCCAUCCAUUCGCCCCCUUCUCCUUCUCCUCGGGAAAUUCAAUCAUCCAGCAAUAUCCCAUAAUUUUGUUCAUGUCGAUGAUCAAAUACUAAAAUAUAAAAGCAACCGGUGUUUCUAUUAACAAUUGGUACUUGCUUGCUUGGCGAUCUUUUGGUGACUCCUUUUUCUUGCCAUUGAGAACUGAUGCGGAUUUUGUUAUCUGGAUUCUUAUUUUGUAUUAUCCAAUGAAUAUUUUCGAAAUUCAGAUAAUGAUAGUCAGGUU